AUGGGNACGACAAUAAGUAGCUCCGUGACGGCUGGUGGUAAACACUCCAGAUACCUUCAACCCUCUUCUCGGCCAACUUCCCUCGCUCAGCGCUCUGCUUCCUCGUCCUCUACUCCUCGUCCCGCCGCACCUACCUCUGCUCCUUCAGAUCCUCAGGCUCAAGCAAGAGAGAAGGGCAUGCGAUUUGCUCUUAUUCACUUGCUCGCCGUCAGACCCUUGUCUGAACAAGACAUUCAACAAAAGACUCACAUACCUAAGGCUCAACUAUUAUCACUCCUUCCUAGGAUUGCCGACAAGCAAGGGCUCACCUGGGAACUUUCAAACAAGCCGUACAGAGAGCUCGAUCCCUGGUCCUUCAAAUACGCUUCGGAUCAACGGACAUUGGCAAUAGACAACGCAAUCAGAGCUUUUGACAGAGCUAGAAUACCAAAAGACGACAAGGCCUGGCAGAUUCUGUUGCCCAAGGAAGAACGCAACAAAGGCAAGAUCCUCUCGCGUCUUCAUCUGACUGUAGAAAGGUCAGACCUAACUGGAACACCUGGUCUUGCUUCUACUCCUGUUCACACAAGCGCAGCUGCCACUCCAAAGCUAGCAAGUACCGGCACACCUCGGAGCGGAAGCGGUGCUAUUGCGACUGGAAGAUCUGCUGCUGGUAUCUCCAUCGAAAAGCGAUUGAAGGAGGCNGAAAAGAAGGGUGCCAUGGAGAAGAAGAAGCAAGAGAAAGAGGCGAAGGAGGCCGCUGCUGCUGCGAGUGAUCGCGAGAGCAAACCAAGAAAUGUUACCGCCAAAAGACCUAUACCUCCCAAGAAGGCCGCUUCUAGAGUCAAAUCUGACGAGGUUGUUCACAGCUCAGAUGAUGAGGAAGAAGGUGAAGUCAAAGAGAAUACUUCCCUGAAGAAAAGCACCACAUCCAGAAAGGAGCCUCUCAAGCCGACUCCCAAGGCACGACCUGUGAUAACAGGGAGGCGCGAUUCCNNCUCGGCCAGCGAAGCACCCGGGACAUCCAAGGACAGCAAGAUAAAGUCAAAGCCUUUGACUUCUGACAAGUCUGUCGCCAACGCUGCCUCAAGAAAAGACAGCGCCAUCCCCAAGGUCAAGGCAGAGGCUCCAUCGCUCUCCAGAGCCGCUGCUCUUCCAAAGAAACUUGAGAAAUCAACAGCAGCAAACACCGCCACAAAACCGAAGGACAGCCCAGCACAGAAACCUAUCAAGACUACCUCAACGACGCAAAGACCCAACAUAAGCCCACGAAGACUGACAGACACAAAACCGAAAGUUCCCUCACCUCUGGGCACAAGUCCUCCGAGGAAUGCAUCUGACCAUGCUGAAAAGACAAUCAAACAACCGCCCAAACCAUCAGCAACUGUAACCGCUGCCAAGUCAGUCAGGCCCGCAACUACAUCUAAAGUCUCUGAGCCUCUAAGUUUCUUUGGCGGUGUCAAAACUGGUUCACAGUCAAAGAUUGUCACCAAGAAACGCCCUCUUGAGUCUGACACUGAGAGCGUUGAACCGGCAAGAAAGGCGGUCAAAUCGACCACUUCCACCCCGGCAAAGGCUCCUACUAAUAUACCAGCCAAGGCCUCUGCAGUGAGUGGUACCGGCAAAGAAGCAGUGACCAGAGCCCAACCUGCACCUUCCGCUGCCUCAGACAAAUCUCUGAAACGUAAGGCCAACGAUCUCUCUUCUGGCUUGCACGAUCAUGCCGCUCCUCCCUCGUCCAAGCAUCGCAAAACCGACUCAGGAAGCACGCACUCGCACACAGCGACAAGUUCGUCCGGAGCAUCUCUCACAACUGCUCCGACUGUUUCACCCCACUCGUCCCCCGCAGGCUCGGAUUUCUCAGAUGACAAUCUCGCUGGCAUUCUGAACGACGAGUACGAAGGUGCUUCGCUCACGUGGGAACAGACUCGUGCUGCUGCCGAGACGUUCAGGAGCAAGCUAUACCCGGAGUAUCUCAAGCUGUACCGACGCAUUGAGCAGACACCCAGUGACAAGGUCCCAAAGGAAGACACUGUGCGCUUGUGGCAGUUGCACAACCGUCUUGAGGCCAUCAAGCAUCGUAUCGAGAUGGCUUGUCGCAAUGGUGACAAUGGCGGAGAUUAG